AUGACAACCGAUGCAGACGUUAUCGUCGUCGGAGCUGGUAUUUCCGGCUUGAAGGCAGCAGCCGAUCUGCACGAGAACGGAGUUUCCACCCUCAUCCUGGAAGCACGGCCACGGACCGGAGGCAGGGUCUACACAGAGCGGGCCACUAGCACGGGCAACCAUUACGACCUCGGCGCCACGUGGUUCCACUCGACAAUGGAAAACCCCAUUUUCGACAAGUUCGUCGGAGAGUGGUACACGCCAUCGGACGCUAGAUACGACGACCACAACGUUGGGUUUGUGCUCGACACCGCAACAGGCGGCUUCCCCGACGGAUGUAAUGUUGGACCCAUUGUCGACGAGAUCAAGUACUUUGCGUCUAAGUCACCAAGCGACGAGACCCUCCAGAAUUCCCUGCUCAGCUACUUCAAGUCCAAAAAGGGCCUCCUCAAGGAGGACGAGAAGAAGUACGCCGCUGCCCUUUAUAAGUUUGCUGAGUUGACUGGCGGCUGCCGCUGGGACAUGAUCAGCUCCAAGCUUGCUUACGGGCCCUUUACGGGAAGAGACUCGUUCAACACCCUUGGCUACGACAAAGUUCUCGAGAAGAUCUCCGCAAACUACCCAAAAGACCAAAUUAAGCUCAGCACUGUUGUGAAGAGCAUCGAGAAAGUCGCCGCCGGAGAUGCCGACAAGACCGUUGUCAAGGUCACCACGAAGGCCGGCGACAUUUUCACUGCAAAGUACGUGUUGGUUACAAUCCCAUUGGGCGUUUUGAAGCUCUCUGUGGAAGACCCGUCCGCAGAAGGCGCCAUCACCUUCCAGCCAGAGUUGCCAAAGGCAAUCACGGACAACUUCUCCAAGACGCACUUCACCACGCUUGCCAAGGUCAUCGUGGAGUUCGACGAGGUGUUCUGGCCGGACAACGACAAGUUCCUUGUGCUCUCCGUUCCUCAAGACGGGGACAUUGACGAAUCGUCCGUCUACUCUGCUGCGCAACUUGAUGACUACUCUGCUGCCAAACCCGUCAAGGCCUUCGACUUCCCCUGCCUCGUCUCAAACUUCAACGUCGUGAAGGGUGUCCCUGCGUUGAUGUUCCUCGUUCCCUCACAGCCUGCUCACCAAAUCGAGUCUGCCGAGAACCCGGAAAAGUACGGUUUUGAACUCAUCAAGCCCAUUAUCGAAAAGCUUUCAGGCGGAAAACCCGUUCCACAGCCAAAACUUGUUCUCACCACCAGCUGGGGCUCCGAUCCAUACAGCAGGGGCGUCAUUGCGGCCAAUGCUCCCGGUGACAUGUUGGUCAACGAUGCGCUGAUUGACGGCUUCGGCAGUAUUCGAUUUGCCGGAGAAGGCCCUGUCUACGAAGGCCACACCUGUGCCCACGGAGCCUACAUCAGCGGGGAGAGAGAAGCCAAGGUCAUCCUGGCAAAGCUGGGCAAGACCAGUGUUUAA